GUGUUCCAAGGAAUUAUGACGUAACGAAAGCUGAGACACUCGCAGAACGGAAGUAACAGUACAAAGCAGCAUGUGAGAUGAGAUAUGUGACAUGAUAUGCAACCUAACACCAUUACUGGGACAUUCCUUGUAAAGAAUAUUUUCUUAUCUUCAAGCCAGUGAUGAUGGAAGACAGUGACACACAACCCCUGUUGACAGAAGAGAUAGAGGAGACUGAACCUCUUUUAGACAGCCAGGACAAUCUAAUAACAUCCCUCUCAUCGGUCGGACAGCCCAAAGUAUGGACCUGUACUUUGCUUGUUGCUAUCUCGGUCGCCGUCAUUGGAUCAUCUCUUCAGUUCGGCUUCCAGACUGGAUGUAUGGCAAAUACUCAGGGUACACUGAGGGAUCAUUUCAAAGACGUAUCUGAUACCUUCAUGUCACUCAUAAUAAGUGGGGUUCCAAUCGGGGGUUUGUUCGGGGGUUUAUCAGCUGGCAUCAUCGCAGAUAAAGUGGGUAGAAAGAAGUGUAUGAUGCUAAACAAUGUGCCCGUACUGAUAGGCACAGUCCUCAUGUCUGUAGCUUGGAACAAAUACUUCUUUCUGAUUGGACGGAUAUUUAUUGGCUUUGGUUGCGGUAUUGCUACAGGAGUAGCCCCAAUGUACAUAUCUGAGAUAUCCCCUGUAUCUGUGAAGGGAGCAAUCGGUGUAUCUCAUCAGUUCAUGAUUACUUUUGGAAUUCUCAUCGCAUUCGUCAUGAGUAUAAAAGGGGCGUUAUCAUCUUUCUCAGAGUACUGGCACAUGUACUUCGCGUUUCCAGCACUCCCAGCACUGUACCAGCUCAUACUACUGCCACUCUGUCCUGAGUCUCCUAACUGGUUGUAUUAUAAUAAGGAACGGGAAGAUCUUGCUAGAGCCGCUCUGACGAAGCUGCGUAACAGUAGAAGUGUGGCAGACCAGGAAGUGGAUGCUAUGAUAAAAGAGCGAACUACUGCCACCUCCUCUGUUAUGGUGUCCUACAAACAGUUGUUCUCAGAUAGAACUCUACGUCUCACCCUUAUAAUCGGGCUUGCUCUACAAGGUGCCCAGCAACUCAGUGGAGUCAAUGCUAUUCUGAACUACGGUCCUGAUAUUCUGAAAACUGCUGGUUUAACAAACCCAGAUCUCGGAACUGGACUGCUAGGGGGUAUUAACGUUUUCAUGACAUUCGUAUCGGUUCCUUUGAUGGACAAACUAGGACGACGUUCUCUCAUGCUUCUAGGUCAAGGCGGCAUGAUCUUAUCCUUUAUCGGCCUAGCAAUUGCACAGAAAAUACACUAUGGCUCACCGGACGGUUCAAGUUGGACAGCCCCAGUUUCUGUUGCUACCGUCGUUACUUUCAUCAUAUUCUUCGCUGUAGGACCUGGUUCGAUCCCUUGGCUGAUAAUAGCGGAGAUCUUCACAGCUGAUGCUCGUGGUAAAGCCAGUAGUCUGUGUGUGGGAGCUAACUGGGUCUGCAACCUGCUUGUGGUUCUGACAUACGACCAGCUCAACAAAGCUCUGUCUCCGAACACAUUCUUUCUCUACACGGGAAUAGUAACAUUCUUCUUCAUCUUCACAAUCUUCUUCGUACCUGAAACUAAGAAGAAACCAGUAGAACAGAUAGUUAGAGAGAUUAAGACACAAGCUGAAAAGUUCCCUCCUACAGUAUUUUAAUGAUACGUGCUGUGGGUAUUAGUGUCACGUGGUGUGACGUCAUGUCACGUGGUGUGACGUCAUGUCCAGUGGAAGGAAAAGACCAUACUUUGUAGGCUACGGCUGAUGCCAGGUCAUCACAAAAUGUUAUAGAACGGGGAAAGUGAUGAAUUUUUGAAUGCUCAGAACAUAAAUGUGGGUAAUGAUAGGAAUGUAAAUAGUUGAUAGUGCAAGCUGAUUGGCUAAUCGUUAUCACGUGUCAAAAAAAACAUGCGCAACUUCCCGCAAGUGCCCACGUUUAUCUUUCGCAAGUUUUUAUUAUUUUCAUUUUAAACCUAAUUUGAUUUUUAAGAUACAAAUGAUUGGUAUUGAAAAUAUUUGGUAUGUGCUAUCUUUGUUAGUUAAAGUGCACACUGUUGACUGUUUGACCCGAAAUUGUUUAUAAUUUAGAAAAACUGUUUAUAAUAUUGAUUAUUGUAUUUCUGGGAUCAGUAUUUUGUAAUCAGAUUAAGAAUAAUUUUUUGUAUUUAAUAAAUGUGUUCAGUGACAAUUUUCAAUUUAUUCUCCA